CCCGUCUCCCCCAGCGAACAUCCAGACAAGGCUUGUUCUCGACGCUCAUCUUGUUCGAGGCUAGACGCGAAGUUUGAGGUUCCCCGAGGAGGGACGGCUGCAGCAGACGCGGACGACGACGACGGACGACGGACGGCUCCGAGUAAGGACCCCUGAAGAAGAGGACGUACGGAACGACUAGACCAAAAGACACAACACGACACGAGGAUGUCCGCAGACCAUGGGCACGACGCGGGGCAUGGCGCCCCCACGCACGACCUCGAGAAGAAGAGGACGCGCGCGAGCUCCGAGGACCACGCAGAAGGACACGAUGAACCGCCCCCUCCACUACCUAGCUUGGCGAUGGGGAUUGCGCUCACGGCCGUAUGCACGACGGCGAUGACAGUCAACAUCUCGAACAUAAACGCCGUAGCGAUCGCGCUGCCUACGAUCGGGGAAGACCUAGGGAUUCCGGAGGACCAGCUACAGUGGAUGACGAACGCCUAUGCAUUGAGCUCGGGAUGCCUGCUGCUCAUGUUCGGGAGGAUAGCGGAUGUGUACGGUCGGAAGAAGACGUUCCUGGCGGGGGCGGCUUGGCUAUUCGCUUUCGGGCUGGGCUGUGGGUUCUGCAAUGAUGCGGUCACGCUUGAGAUUCUACGAGGGUUCCAAGGUGCAGGCGGUGCAGCCACUAUCCCCGCCGCCCUUGGCAUUCUCGCACACGCCUUUCCCCCAUCUCGCGCACGCUCGAUCGCCUUCGCCACAUUCGCGGCCGGCGCCCCCGUUGGCGGUGUUCUAGGCACCCUCGUCGGUGGCGCGGUGACUCAAUAUACGAACCCAACCUGGCGCUCCGCCUUCUACUUCACCGCCGCCCUCUCCGGAGGUACCUUCGCCGGUGGUCUCUAUGCCAUCCCGCGCGACCCACCCUCGACGGAGAAGGACCGGCGCGUGGACUGGCUCGGCGCGUUCCUCGUCACGGCCGGGUUGACAUUUAUCAUCUUCAUUUUGGCGCAGGGCGAGAUUGCGGAGCCGAAUCAGUGGGCGACCGGGUAUAUCAUCGCGCUGCUCGUCGUCGGCGUGUUCCUUGUGGGUGUGUUCUUGUGCUGGCAGUGGUACCUCGAACGCGUGCAGGACAACCCGAACGCGCCUUAUUCCGUCUGGACGCCCCCGCCGCUCAUGCGCCCGUCGCUGUUCGCGCGCGCGAGGGGGAGGUACGGCGUGCAGAUGCUCAUUGCGUUCUUGAACUGGUGUGUGUUUAUGGGGUGGCAGUUUUGGGCGCAGCUCUUCUACCAGAAUUACCAAGGCUACGGACCCAUGCUCGCCGGCAUCCGCUUCAUCCCGAUGUUCGUGACGGGUGUGUUGUGCAAUGUCUUUAUCGCGCAGUUUGUUGCGCAUAUUAGCUUGGUGUGGCUCAUGUUGUCCGGUACCCUCAUCACCUCCGUCGCCGCCCUCCUCUUUGGAGUCAUCGACCCGAACGCGCCCUACUGGGCCUUUGGCUUCCCCGCCGCCAUCACAUCCGUCUUCGGCGCGGACUUUGUGUUCGCAGCGGGGACGCUGUUCAUCGCGAAGAUCUCGAAGCCGCACGAGCAGAGCGUGAGCGGGGGGUUGUUUCAGACGAUGAUUCAGCUCGGCACCUCGAUGGGCAUCGCCGUCUCCACCGUCGUCUUUGACAAUGUGCAGAAGAUGUCGGGCAAGACGCCGCUGGACGCGUACCGUGCGGCGCAGUGGACAGCAUUCGGCUUCGGCGCGCUCGCAAGCGUACUCGCGUUCAUCUUCCUGCGCGGCGUGGGCGUCGUAGGGCAUAAGGAGGAGAAGGUCACGUCAUAUAGUACAGACGAGGAGCGGACGGCGGUCAGGGACGUCGAGGCGGGCGAGGGGAAAAGGGAGGAGGCGCACGUUUAGCGGGAGGGUUACGACCAACGAUCGCAGGACUCCCGCAUACGGUACUGAUAGACUACAUAUAUUGGGCAUUACUGUAAUGAUACAGACGACGCAAUGGAGUUCAACCUCGGGUUCA